AUGGCUGAAACCACAGCUAAGAAACAAGUCAAGUUUGAUGCUAGUAUCUAUGGUAAAGUUACACCAGAAAUUGCUAAAACAAGACGUUCAACACCAGGUGUUAGUUUGAUUUCUCCUCCACCUCAUCAUGAUAUUUAUUCUAUUGAAGAUUUGAAGCAAUUGAUUUAUGAUUUGAAAUGUGCAAAUCCAAGAGCUGGAAUUUCUGUUAAAUUAGUUUCUGAAGUUGGUGUUGGUAUCGUUGCUGCUGGUGUUGCUAAAGCUAAAGCUGAACAUAUAUUAAUUUCAGGACAUGGUGGUGGUACUGGUGCUGCUAAAUGGAACUCAAUCAAAAAUGCUGGUUUACCAUGGGAAUUGGGAUUAGCUGAAUCUCACCAAACAUUAGUUUUAAAUGAUUUGAGAGGGAAUGUUGUGUUACAAACUGAUGGUCAAGUUAGAACAGCAUUUGAUGUUGCCGUUGGUGUUUUAUUAGGUGCUGAAAGUUUUACAUUGGCUACUGUUCCAUUAAUCACCAUGGGUUGUAUUAUGAUGCGUAAAUGUCAUUUAAAUACAUGUCCAGUGGGUAUUGCAACUCAAGAUGAAGAGUUAAGAAAGAAGUUUCAAGGUGCUCCAGAACAUGUUAUAAACUUUUUUUACUAUUUGAUCAAUGAUUUAAGAAAUAUUAUGGCAAAAUUAGGAUUCAGAACAAUUGAUGAAAUGAUUGGUCAUUCUGAGAAAUUAAAACUUCGAGAAGAUCGUUCAACCAAAAAUUGUAAUAUAGAUUUAUCACCAAUCUUAACACCAGCACAUACAAUUCGUCCAGGUGUUGCUACUAGAUUCCAAAAGAAACAAGAUCAUAAAUUACAUAUUCGUUUAGAUAAUAAAUUGAUUGAUGAAGCUGAAAUCACAUUGGAGAAAGGUUUACCAGUUACUAUUGAUGCUAAUAUUGUGAAUACUGAUAGAGCUGUGGGUACAACAUUAUCUUAUCGUAUCUCAAAGAAAUUUGGUGAAAAAGGUCUUCCACAAGAUACUAUCGUUGUCAAUUUGAAAGGUAAUGCAGGUCAGUCAUUUGGUGCUUUCUUAACAAGUGGUGUUACUUUCCAUCUUGAAGGUGAUGCGAAUGAUUAUGUUGGUAAAGGUUUAAGUGGUGGUCGUUUAAUUAUAAAACCACCAAAGGAUUCAAGUGAAGGUUUUAAAUCAAAUGAAAAUUGUAUCAUUGGUAAUGUUGCGUUUUAUGGUGCUACUGGUGGUACUGCUUUCAUUAGUGGUGUUGCAGGUGAUAGAUUUGCUGUUCGUAAUUCAGGUGCUACUUUAGUUGUUGAGAAAAUCAAAGGUAACAAUGCAUUUGAAUAUAUGACUCGUGGUCGUGCUGUUGUUUUAUCACAAUUGGAAUCUGAUAAUGCAUUUGCAGGUUGUUCAGGUGGUAUUAUUUAUGUACUUGUGAGUGAUUAUCAAGAAUUCAUUUCAAGAAUCAAUGCAGAAUCAGUUGAAUUAUCACAAUUAAGCGAUCCAGUUGAAAUAGCAUUUGUUAAGAAUUUAAUUGAAGAGCAUCAUCAAUUAACUGGUUCUGAACUAGCAAAUCGUAUCUUGAAGAAUUUCAAUUAUUACUUAGGUGGUUUUGUUAAAGUUUUACCAGUUGAAUACAAGAGAAUUUUAAAGCUUGAAGAAGAACAACAACAACAAUUGAAGAGAGUUGAAAGUGAACGUUAUUUACAAUCAUUCCAUAGAACUGAUCCAGAAGCUGAUGUUACAAAUGGUGAUUUGAAAAAAGUUCAUCAUACAUCAAUUAGACAAACUAAACAUGAACCAAAAAUUUUAGAUUUAGAAGAUACUAUUGCUGAUAAACAAUUUGAACAAAAGAAAGUUGAAAAAUUAGAUAAAGUUAGAGGUUUUAUGAAAUAUAAACAACAACAUGAAAUUUAUAGAUCACCAAAAACAAGAACUAGAGAUUGGAAAGAAUUAUCAAAAUCUAUAUCAAAAUCUGAAGCAAAAUUACAAACUGCACGUUGUAUGGAUUGUGGUGUACCAUUUUGUCAAUCUGAUACUGGUUGUCCAAUAUCAAAUGUUAUUCCAAAAUUUAAUGAAUUAGUUUUUCAAGAUCAAUGGCAAACAGCAUUAGAAAAAUUAUCAGAAACUAAUAAUUUCCCUGAAUUUACUGGUCGUGUUUGUCCUGCUCCAUGUCAAGGUUCAUGUACAUUAGGUAUAAUUGAUGAUCCAGUGGGGAUUAAAUCAAUUGAAAGAUUAAUUAUUGAUAAUGCAUUUGAACAAGGUUGGAUUAAACCAAAUCCUCCAAAAUAUAGAACUGGUAAAUCUAUUGCAAUUAUUGGUUCUGGUCCUGCUGGGUUAGCAUGUGCUGAUCAAUUGAAUAAAGCUGGACAUUCGGUUACUGUUUAUGAAAGAAGUGAUAGACCAGGUGGGUUAUUAAUGUAUGGUAUUCCAAAUAUGAAAUUAGAUAAAUCAAUUGUUCAACGUCGUGUUGAUUUAUUAAGUGAUGAAGGUAUUAAUUUCAUUACGAAUACUCAAGUUGAUGAUUUAACUGAAUUACAACAACAAAAUGAUGCAGUCAUAUUAGCAAUUGGUUCUACAAUUCCAAGAGAUUUGAAAAUUCCUGGACGUGAUUUGAAAAAUAUUGAUUUUGCAAUGACUUUAUUAACAAAUAAUACCCAGGCAUUAUUAGAUGAUUAUUUACCAGAAAUUCGUUCCAAGAUACAAGGUAAAAAAGUUAUUGUUAUUGGAGGUGGUGAUACAGGUAAUGAUUGUAUUGGUACAGCAACAAGACAUGGUGCAUCAUCAGUAAUAAAUUUUGAAUUAUUACCACAACCACCAAUGGAAAGAGCUAAAGAUAAUCCAUGGCCUCAAUGGCCUAGAAUUUUCAGAAUUGAUUAUGGUCAUUCAGAAGUUCAAGAACAUUAUGGACGUGAUCCACGUGAAUAUUGUAUUUUAUCUAAAGAAUUUAUUGGUGAUGAUGAAGGAAAUGUUAAAGCUAUUCGUACAAUUAGAGUUGAAUGGAAUAAAACUGAAAGUGGUGUAUGGCAAAUGAUGGAAAUUUCAGGUAGUGAAGAAAUAUUUGAAGCUGAUUUAGUUUUAUUAUCAAUGGGAUUUGUCGGACCUGAAUUAUCAGAAUUAAAAGUUGAAAAAACUUCAAGAGGUUGUAUUCCAACAAUUUCAAAUUCAAGUUAUAAAGUUCCUAAAGAAAAUAAUUUAUUCACCGCUGGUGAUUGUAGAAGAGGUCAAUCAUUAAUUGUUUGGGGUAUUCAAGAAGGUAGACAAUGUGCAAGAGAAGUUGAUUUGUUUUUGGAAGGUAAUAGUAAAUUAGCUGGUAAUGGUGGUAUUGAAAAGAGAGAUUUCAAUCUAUUAGAAGAAUUAGCCACUCAUAUUGAAUAG